AACAUCUAGGGAGAGUCACAUUCUAAUACUAAAGUGUGGAAAUCAAAAUUGGACGUGGAACAUCUAGGGAGAGUCACAUUCUAAUACUAAAGUGUGGAAAUCAAAAUUGAAGGUAUCAUUAACACAAUUCCAUGUUCGACGCACAGUCAGCCCUCUUUUCAAAUUGUGCAUUCUCAGAUUAUCACGUGGAUUUCUUUUCCAUAAAACUGCACUUAUGGUAAAAAUUUGAAACCGAGACUUUUUUAUUUGUACUUAAAGACCCGAUAACUGAAGGAGUAAUCAGAAACUUAUCAGAGAAGACGAUUAUGAACAUUCAACGUUGUGGAAGUAGUUAACGUGUUUUGUGCGAUUAUAAUUUAUUGUUAUUUGUGUAUUUAAGUUCGCUCAAAUUAUUGAAAACUCAUCUGAGAAUCUUCCAGUUAUACGAUUGAAGAUGAUUCCACAUGCAAGAUAAAUUGAAUUAACAUUUACCUAUCAUAGGUGGAUGUACACGACAUAUCAUAGUUGGAUGUACACGACAGAGCCAUGGACCUCGUAUUCUUUAAAAUAUUUGUAUAAUUUAAGGUGUAUGUUAUAAAUGUUCAAUAGUUAUAAUAUUCGGAUAUCGAAAACAAUAUUUCAAAAUUUUCUAGUUUCUAAACUUGUAAACAAAUCACUGGAGAUGUCAUUGGAAAUUAAUAGUUCUGAUCUAACAUCUUUAUUGGUCUAUCUUAACAGCACUUUCUACUUAAAUGGGACUAUUUCUUGGCCCAAUCAACAGGAUGAAAGCGCUAAUAAACCCUAUUACGGAGACCAUUUGGAAUCAUUCAAAGUUCGAUACAUUCCAAUUCAUGGCUACUUAAGCCUUAUUAUUUGUAUUUUUGGAAUCAUGACCAACAUUUUAAAUAUCAUAGUUUUAACCCGAAAUAACAUGAUAUCUCCGACGAAUGCUAUUUUGACAGGCUUAGCAGUAGCCGACAUGCUUGUCAUGGCGUCUUAUGUCCCGUAUACCAUACACACUCAUAUCCACACCAAUCAGUUGGAAGAAGAGAAAUAUUCGUACGGUUGGGCUGUUUUCACACUUUUUCACGCUCAUUUCACUGUUGUUUGUCACACAAUCUCUAUCUGGCUGACGGUGACGUUAGCCAUCUGGCGGUUCUUGUCGGUCAGCUUUCCAGCCAAUAGCAAGAAGUGGUGCACUAUGCACAGAGCAGAAUGUGCUAUUAUCUCCACAUAUGCGACGUGUGCUUUAUUUUGUGUGCCAAUGUAUUUGACGUUUACAAUCACGGAAGAACGCACCAAUACGUUGCAGUAUAAAGUUAACUUUAGUGCGAUCGCAACCAGAAACAAUCGUCUCCUGGAAAAAGCUAACUUCUGGGUAUUUAGCGUGCUGACAAAAUUAGUGCCCUGUAUUCUCCUUACCGGCCUUAGUGUUGGUCUCAUACGGGUCCUUUACGAGGCGGAUGUGCGCAAGAAAAGACUAAAAAACCGAGCUCGCAGCGACAAGACUUCGGAUCGCACUACAAGGAUGUUACUGGCUGUACUGUUACUCUUUCUCAUCACAGAGUUUCCAUCUGGAAUCCUCGCCUUGUUGAGUGGAAUACUUGGCAAGCCGUUUUUCUUCAACGUCUACCUUAAUUUUGGAGAAGUGAUGGACAUGUUGGCGCUAAUCAACAGUGGCGUGAACUUCAUUCUUUACUGUUCGAUGAGCAGGUUGUUUCGGAAAUCUUUUGCUGAACUUUUCACCCCUAAAAUCGUGUCAAAGUGGAUUACAGUGUCCACUGAACCUGCUACUCUGGCAACUACUUGUGUUUAACCAGAAAGAACAUUGAGUAACCUGCCUGAAAGAAUAUUGGUUAUAUGUGUGUGUGCUUCCUUUUAAUCAUUGUUGAAUGUUGAUUAAUGCAGACAAACGGAUUUGUCUCCGUCACGAUAUGUAAAUCUGAUUACAAACUACUACGUACAUUUCAGUCCUAACACUUGUUGUGGAACUCAACAUAUUUAGGCUGGAACAAAAAAAAACAUUAAGUGACCACCCACGAAACAGCUUCUCGUGGGCAGUGUACACUUCCCUCUGGUGUGGUAUUUACAGUAUCUAUUAUGUAUCGUUAUAAAUAGCGUGAACAAAUGAUGUAUUAUAAUAACAUAGUAAAAGCGUAUUUUAAGUAAAACUACUACCCCUAAACCUUUGUUAUGUUUAUCAAUGUUCUAAGAUACGGUUCGUUUAUGAUGUUGCAUGGUAGUAUUUGAAAGUAUAUUGAUUGUUGUAAACUUCUGUUUCAGUUACUGAGAGGGUUUAUUUCGCACUGGAUUCUACUUCCUAGUACAAUUAUCGUUUUAUUGAUACCAUUUCCGGUUCUUCUCCGGAAGAGAAAGACUCCACUUGGUUCUGGGAUCCAGUGCCUGGGGCUCCUAAAUCCUCUUAGAACUGUUUCACGUAUAUAUUAUUAUUUCUAUUUAUGUUAUUGAAACAUUUGUUAGAUUAGUAGAAACAUAGCUUUAUAAAAUAUGUAAUUGUACGUUAUAGCUUAAUCAGUUGUGUUUUUCAACACCAUGUUCUUGUCACUUCUUCUUUAUACAGUCAGUAACUCUACGUAAAGCGGUAUUUAUUGUGAAACUGGAAACCAUUUAAUUUUAGAACUUUCAUCGUUGAAAAUGUACUAUAU